AUGGCUUCCUUGCAAGAUGACUUGGCCAAGCUGCUGCUGCCCCUCUCUCCACGGGAACGGCAGCAUCUUGAGUCAAGGUGCCUGUCAUCCCAUCCUCUGGACCUGCUCUCCGUCUUGGAGACCGGCCCUCCGAAUCACCUGGCAAGUGUCUUGCUGGGGAGACGGAUGCAGGAAUGCUGGCCUACGUUGGCUGUGUCAGACCGGAUGUUUCUGCAAGCUCGUCUUCUGCACGCGAUGGAAUUUCCGUCGAGCGAUUCUGCGGUAAAGAUCAUAGCAGACUGCGUUGCCGCUGUAGCUUGCAAUCUUGCAGCAGAGGGUGUCAUGUGGUUAGAACUGCUGCUGUGGAUCAGAAAGGUCGCCGCCAAAGGUGAGCGGCCACUGGCUGCAGUGGCCUCUCUGCAACUUCAUGGCGUCAUGUGCCUCCUCGGCGGACUCUUGGUCUCACCUCCGUGGCAAAGUCUUCUCGAGCCCCAUCUAUUGGAGCUCUGUGGGACCUGCGUGAUCUGCAUCUCCGUAAUGAAGGAAGGUGACGCAAAGUUUCGGCAGGUUCAUGCGGAGCGUGCCAUCGAAUGCCUUGGGAGCCUUGCCGCAAUCGUCAGGGGGGAGGAAGCCGCACGCCUCUUUCAUCACCAGGUUGUCGGACUGCUUGUCAGUGACCCUGUUUUGGGAAGCGAGCUCUGUGAUGCUGCCUUGGAAGCAUUAUCUCGAGCGGCAGCGGCCGACGAGCUCCUUAUUGCAGAUGCAUCCUUCUAUGUGCCGGGCCAACCGCCUUCGGAGCUCUGCAGAGUCGUCCAACUUGCCCUCACGGCCUCGGUCACGCAGCGAGGGCAGCGGCGUCUCAGAGCACUGCGUUUGCUCCACAGCAUCGCUGACUCGCACUCCCGGCUGCUUUGCGUGCAGGGUGAGGGUCAGCUGUCGGCAGAGAAGGUCUUGGUGACUUUGGUGGAACUUGUGGCGCCGGACGAGGUGCGAGCCAAGGCAAGCUGUGCACACUCAAACGAAGGGCAUCUUGUCGGCAACUCAGCACAGAGCGCGGCCGAGUACGCGCUGCUCACACGUAUCUCCAAGCGGAUGCCGGACAAGCUGGUCCUGCCAAUCAUUUACCGCAGCGCAUGUCGGACCUUGAUGGGCUCCGACUUGCCCGCCAAGCUUGCGGCGCUCGCAAGCCUGCGGGCGGUAUUACCAGGGUGCACUUCGGGUGUGAAGAAGCAGCUUCAUCGUAUUUCAAGACUUGUGUUGCGAGCUCUGGCACAACCAGCCCUGCACGUGGUGGCCUUUGCGUUGGUUGCUGAUCUGUGUGCCCUAAUCCCUGCUGAGACACGCUGCGGCUCAGCAAGGCUCACAGAGAGACUGCUUCCUCCUCUUCUGCAGCAGCUGCAAUAUUUGCAGCUUCGUGACCCUGCCUUCCCGCAUGCACUGGCCGCGCUUGAGGCCGCCUGUCCCAGAUCAGCAUGUGGGCGGCUGCUGCCAGCAUUUCGCCCGCCCCAGAGCGGCGUGGCAGUGCUGAUGUGGGCCUGUGAAAAGUUGGGAGAACUUGGGGAACUUCAGCAAGAUGCUUUGGAACCCCAGCUGGCAGACAGCAUUGCACAGAGGCUUUGCACUUUGAUCAGUGUACUUGCCAUGAGACAGCACUCCACACGACACACAGCUGAAAGCCUGAAGACAGCCGGACGAAAAAUGGUGGCCGUGCUGCAGCAAAUGCUGACCAGCGCGUACAGCGUAGAGGCGCGCUCUGCUGCACUGGAAGCUUCAGGGACUUGGAUCAAGUUGAUGGCUGAUACAGGAUCCAGGCGUCCAGAGUUUCUGAAGACCUGCCUGCAAGCUGUGGAGAAUGGCUUGCGCGACGAAUGCGACUCAUUAUCUUCUGGGGUGUCGGCCGAAGCAUCAGUGCGUUUCUGCGUCGCGCUUGGGCCACUGGCACCUUCACCGGGAGCUGUCGCGGUGGCUGGCUUGGAAUGCUGUGCCCGACGACCUCGACCUGACUUGCUGCGGGCGCUUGCUGCUCUCGUGGCAUCCACGCAGUGUCUGCACUCCGUGUUUGGUGACCUGGCCUCGCCGGAGUGGAGUCGAUUGGCGCAGCUCCUGAGCGGUUUCCUCGAGCAGCGGGAGUUGCGAGGGGCGACUGCCGAGCUGGCGAGGCACGUGCCGCUCUGCAAGGCGACAGCUGUGCUUCUUGCACGCCUGGCAGCCUGUGUUGAAGUGGAGGAGAGGCCGGAGGUGUUCCGAAGCCUUUGCACCGCCGCUGCUCACAUGGCAGCGCAGGAGGAGCCCUCGCAAGAGCUCGGUGAGGCGAUGCAAAUGCUGAGGGAGGCGGCCAAGACGCGACGAAGUGCACCCAUGCGGGCAACGGCUUUGCAAAGCUCAGACGAGGACUCAUCCGUUACGUCGGAUUGCCCCUCGAGUGCUUCCGACGAGAGUGCGCCCACUGUGGCCUCCACUGCAGAUUUGGAAGGCCCAGGUGCUGGCCAGGCCUUGCAGUCCCGGCAUGUUACCGCCACAUUUCUGGCACAGAGGAUCAUGGCUGAGUACAUCCAUUUGACGCUAGCCGCUAUUUUUCAUACUGCAAGCACUCUGGUUGACUUUGCUUCUUCAAGUGAUCUCCUUGCGAUGCCGACGCUGUUUCCAGAGCCUGUGGACCUGCAAGGGGCCGAGCAGCCAGACGGGCCGCUUUGGGAGCGGCCGUCAGUACUCCGGGCAGUGUUCGCCGCCGGCCAGGAGCAUGAGGACGCCUUCUUCUCCAUAGUGCUCCUCAUGUUGGCCACCACGGCGUUGGCAUGCGGCGCCGCGCUUGCCGGCUUCGCCUACAUCCGAAGGCAUGGUGCUCCUGGCUCCGAGCGCCGGGACGUGAGAGAUCAGCGUCGCGACGUUCUUCUCGACCUGGCGGAGAUGGAAGAGGGCAGAGCUGUGGCCGCCUCCGUUGCGAAUGUGGGCGAGCGGUGUCCAACUGGAGAGGCGGCUUCACCUGAACCUGAGGUGGACUUCGAUGAGGUCCCGGACCUCGAUCACGUGGGCUACAUGUUGGACCUUCUACAGGAUAGGCGCGACCAGCGCCGUGCAGCAAUGAAGGAGCUGACGGAAAAGAUCGAGGAGGCUGCCGAGGCUCGCAGGGCGGGCGCCAAUGCCCAACAGGUGGCUUUGGGCGGCCGCGCUGCUGUCCCGCGGGCUCCACAACUCCCCCGACCCCCGCCCCUUCCGCGGACGCGACAGGCGACAGCGAUGACCUUUGCGACCCAAGCGCCACCGCCCAUGGACACGGGCUCCUCAGGCAGCGCGUCCAGCGAGGUCCCACCGCCAUUCGGUGAUGCCGACGGUUGGGAAACGUGGUCUCCGAACACCUUCUACGACGAGGCACUUCCAGAUUGGGCUCUGCCCGAGGAAGAGCCGUGA